CUUUGUUUGUUUGUUUGCAAGAUAAAACUAUAAUCGGUUGAUUUUUUCAGGUAGAAAUUGCCAAGGAAAAUUGACAUUAUCGCUCAAGUUGCACGCACCAAGAUCAUUUCAUGGUCUUCUAGAGCUUAACCUUGUUCUCAAAUGGCGGUGUGAAACAAGAUGGAAGAAGAAAGCUCUGGUGUUGUCAAGAAGAUGGACAAGGAAGUCCUGGUGACUGCAGUUUCUGAGGGAUCAUCAGAUUUUGUCAGAAUAAAACAAGAAGUGGACCUGCCAGAAGAUGACACCUACUACCCAAUGGACUUUGGUAUCUCUGUUGAAGAUGAGGAAGAAAUGAAUCCAGUUUAUGUCAAGAUGAGAAGUAAAGAGCCUGGUUCCUCAGGUAUAAACCAAGGGAGAGAUGGGGCCAAGCCCUAUGAAGAAGAGGAGGACAGUGAGGAGAGUGGAGAGGAGAGCAGGGAAGAAAGCGACGAAGAGUCGCCAGACAGCGGAGAGAGGACUGGAGAAGAAGAUGGAGAUCAAGAAUGGAUGGAUAACCGCGGUAUCAGAGAUGAGGAGAGAGAGCAUCCAUCCACCAGCGAGCCUACAUCUGCGUCCUUCACUGCAGAUAUGACUCCAGUAGUCAUCAAAGAUGAGCCACUGAGUGAUGAUGAGGGUCCAGGCCUUUCUUACGAAGAGGAUCCCGACCAAUUUGCAGAGAGCUACAAGAUGUUGGAAUCCUUGCGGAGAGCCAGCGAACGAGAGGAGGGAGGGCAAUCUUCCAGAGGAGCCUUGUUUGACAAUAAUACCAACACCUUCGGGGAAGAAGACCCUUUCACAGAAAGGCUAGAGCACUUCAUGACGAUGCCUCAGGAUCAAGGACAAUUCAGAUAUACAGAUAUGAUGGACACCAAUUUACCUCACACUAUGGAUGGGGAAGAAUAUUUGCAGCAAACAAUGGACACAUCUUCCAAUUCCUUCACUUGCGAUCUUUGUCAAAAACCUUGUGGCAACAGAACAAACUACUUUGUCCAUCUCAGGAUAAAGCAUGCUGAGGAACUGCCAUAUGAAUGCGGCAUUUGUGAAGAAAGAUUCUCCACCGAGAUUAUUCUAAAAGACCACAUCCACUCUAGUCAUACUGGAGAUGAAGGAGAUUUCUUCAAAUGUGAUGUGUGUGCGGCAAGGUUCAGUGAAAAGCAGUAUCUUCAUGCGCACAUGCUUUCACACAACGAAUAUGCAACCUUCCCUUGCCACAUCUGCAGAAAGACCUUCAUGAAGAGAAAAGAUCUACAGAAGCACUUAUCAAGUCACGCUAAGACAAUUAGAGAGUCCAUCCCUUGUCCCAUGUGCAAUAAAGUGUUCCGCCUUCCCCGAAAUCUAGCUAUCCACCUAAGGACCCACAGUGCUACCUUUAUAUGUCAGCUUUGUUCUGAGAAACCUCAGUCGCAGGAAGUUCCUACAUCUGAUGACCACAAAGAUGGCCUUGGUAGGACUUCUACUCCUGAAGAAAACAGUACAGAGCAGGAAGAGAUACCAGGGGAUGAGCAACAACUCUUUUGUAAAGUAUGUAACGUCACUUUUACAGAUCAAGAAGACCGCGUCGGACAUAACUGCAAGGUUAACCGCUGCAGUAACUGCUUGAAAGAUUUCUCCUGUCCUAGUCUCUUGGCCGCUGAUGGGGAAUCUUAUUCCUCCGAGGAAAACCCUAUGUGUGACACCUGCAACAAGGCAUUUAGUCUCAUGGACAAAGUGAAACCAGAUGAACGUGCUUCCAAGGUGGAGAAGGGAACAGUGCAGUGUAGGAUGUGUUUGAAGAGAUUCCCAAAACCAAUCUUAAACUAUUCCAAACCAAUCUCGAAUCAUCCCAAACGAAACCAGCCAUGUGCCACUAAAGAAGCAUCUAAUUCUCCUCUACGUUUUCCUUGUAGAAUAUGCGGCAAUAUUUACUUCAUGAAAUCAACAUUACGUAAACAUGUGAAAGUCCAUGAGAGAGAACACAUAUACCUAUGUGAAAUUUGCGAUACGAUAUUCCACAAGAAGAAGACAUACAGACGUCACUUGAAGGUACAUGAUGAGAAACGGCUCAAAUGCCCGAAAUGCAAAGUGACUUUCUCAAAAGAGAAGUAUCUCAAAAAACAUCUCAAAAAUCACCUCAAAAAGCAUCUUGAAAAGCAACUCGAAAACGAAAAGCACGAACAGUUUUAUUCCGAACGUCCUACGGAUUCCGAUCCCACUGUAAGCAGCAAAAAGAAAUUAGAAAAACAAGAAAAGUGUUUGAUUUGCAGUUGGUAUUUCAGCAGCAGAAAGAACCUUAUAGAACAUCAGAAGUGCCACCUGAGGGCUCCGGGAAUGUUCACGUGUAUAGACUGUUGGAAAUCGUUUCCUCUGAAGCGCAUGCUGACAGAUCACCAGAAGAUCCACGAGAGACAGAGAGAGCAAUCGAUGAAGCAUGUCUGCGAUAUCUGCGAGCUAUCCUGUGUGAAUGAACUGCACCUGUACAACCACAAAAGGAUACAUGCCGGAAUGAAGAUACGCGUGUGCGAUACAUGCGGGAAGUCUUUCAAUUCGCUCUACAAACUCAUCGAGCACCAGGAAAACAGCCACAGUCAGUGUGUCUGCCAGGUUUGUGGCAAAGGCUUUCUGUCCACAAGCGAACUCGAGGUGCACCACAAAGACAAGCAUGUGGAGGAUCCUCAGAUAUGCACCACAUGUGACAAGGUGUGUGUGAAUCAGCUCCACCUGAAGAACCACCGUCUCAUCCAUUCUGGUAGGAAACUCUGCGUCUGUGAGUUCUGCGGUGAUGGCUUCUCACACCGGUACAAGCUGGUGAAGCAUAUGGAGAUCCACACCGGCCAGAAACCUCAUAACUGUGAUAUCUGCGAAGAAGGCUUCUCACAAACCGCUGACCUCCUAUUGCAUAGAAAAAUACAUGAUGAAGAACAUCCAGGACUCGUUAUCGGAGAUGAUUUCGUCAAAAAAGAAGAUACAACUCAAAACAUAGAGUGAUCACUGCCUAUUGGGUAAUAGGGAAAGGCAACUGUCAGAAAUUGUAUUUCUAGUAGCUGGACAUAGGUGCUUUGGUAUGAACAACGGCAUAAUUAAACAUUUGACAUUAAUUUGGAUAUCAACAUGUCUCAUUUUCACAAAACUGCUUUAAUAAUGUGUAUGUGUAGGACGGUAAUGGGAUAUCUAGAGGAAGGCAUGCAGGAGCAGAGUUAACCUUUCAAGUUGUUUUCCCAUACCUGCUUAUGGAAACCCUGGAGCAAGGUCCAGAUCAGCCAGAGGCCCUUCGAGUACGAAGACAUUAUGAAGGCACAUGUACAUGUGCAAUGACAGUGGUGACAGUUAUUCCUUGAAGUACAGUCUGAUUCAGUACUUGUCAAAGACCACAGACUGUACCCUGCUACAGUCUCUCUUGACACAUAGUAAAGCUCUUGGACCAGGAAGCAGUACCCUGCCACAGGCAUGGCAAGAGUUUCCCAAAGAGUCACCCCAUCAUCGAGGAAGGUGUUUAGAAAGCAGAUGAAUCUCCUGGGGGGCGUUUCACAAAACUUGUCAUCAGUGACAAAUGACAGUUUUUGUUAUAAGCUACUGAAAUCCUUGCUUCUGAUUGGUUGUCAACAGAUUUGUCACUGAUUUGUGUCAUUUGUCAUUGUAAAAAGGCUUUGAGAAACAGGUCCCUGGCCUGGUCAGAGAUAAUUUAAAGCAUGUGAUAUUUAGCUCCCACCUAAUACUAGUUUGCAGGCAGGAACCCUUGUCACUCGUAGCGCCUCACAGAAUGUCUGAACUGUGAGACGACUGGUAUGUAGACUGGUAUGUCUGCAGUCCAUAGGCUCUGUACUAUAACUAGUCCUGAAAAGGCACCACUAGAGGGAGACAUAGGCUAGGUUCAAGUGUCAAAUAGAGUCUAUGUAUAUGCCUGCACAUUAACCUAAUACAAGGUUCCCAAAGUCAUGGGGAAGAAAAAAACUGGAAAGCCAUAGAAAAAUCAAUUCCUCUGGAAAGUCAUAGAAAGUCUUGAAUAGUGACAAGAAACCUCCCAAAGUAACAGAAAUUGAUUGUGGGUGUGGCGGGGCCAUGUGUAGCUAUGGUACCCUCCCAGUUUGAAUAGACAAUGGGCGUUGUAUUUCUUUGCCUCUAUGACUCUGCAAGUGAUAUUCAGUGCGGCAUGAAGUAUCCUUUUGCAUGUACUUUGCCUAUGAGGAAAUGCUGGCUUUAUCCUCCGAAGUUGUGGACUUUAGCUCCUAUGCAGCUGCAUGAUAUUGCAUCGCAUGAUUACCGUAUGAUCAUUUGCCAAAGGAACCCGGAUUUGUAAAGAAUGUAUCUUUUUCAUCUGCUACUUAUACCCCAUUAGUUAGUUUCUGUCAAAAUGUUAUAAUUUGAAAUGGAUGCAGAAGAAUAUAGAGCAUGCAUUAGGAAAGUAUGGUAUAGUAGGAACAAAUCUGCUUUUAACUGAUAAUUAAUUAAAAGCAAAAUUUAUCUCAAACUUCUAAUCCAGGAUGGGAUUCAUAGAUAAUAUUACUUGUAUUAGACGGAUGACAUGUAUUGGACGGAUGACAUAUAUGUAUACCGGUACAUGUGAUAUGUACACAAAUACAUUUGCAUUCCAAGGCAGUGCAGCACGAGAACAAAAUAACUCUGAAUAAACACUUAGUUGCUGAAUCCUUCCAUUUCUUUUUAUUUAAUACUUCUAUAAAUUCAAACAUGGUAAAUACUCACUUCAACCAAACAUAUCCUGCUUAACAAAGAAACAGAAUAGAAUCUUGAUAUUAUUAUCUUACCAAGUUUUGGAGUCAUGAGAUAUUUGAUUGCGGAAUUCUUUUGAUAAUCGUUGACAUUCCACCCAGUUACAAAAAUAUCAA